AUGCUGUUUCUCACCUAUGUCUCCAAACUUACCCCAGCCACAGUACGAGCCCGGCGCCCAACCAUUGGCGACCCAUCUGCCUUCACCUAUCCAUCCACUGGGUUCGGACAGCUUUCGCCCUCUGACUACCGGGCCAAUCAUCCAGCGGAUGUCUUCACAGCAGGAGAGCAUUCGCACGUGCCGGCAGAUCAGAACCACUUCCGUCUUGGACAGCUUGACCCCACCACCGGCAGCUCUGGCCAAAUGUUUCCUGAAGCAGAGUAUUUGCAUAUCUACCUCAGCAGUGAAUUUGAUGACACCUUCUGGGCCGUGUCUAGUGCCAAGGGCCAGGGCAUCUCAGGAUGUUGA